AUGUCUCCAAAUCUUCCCAAUUCCCAAAGAUUCACGAUUCACGAUUUCCUGGCUCUAGAACUCUAUACCCGUUUGCGAGAGAAAACCCUUCUAAACAGCCUCGAAGCCCAGCCUCGGGCAUCAGGGGCUUCGAAGGACAAAUUGGUAGUCGGGCGAGGGUGCGAGAGGGAUACCGACGAUACUGAAGGACCACAGCAAGCGAUUAAUGAACUAUUUGUGAAUGUUACUUUCGUCGUCCAUGACCAGAAAACUCAUGGUGUCAUCGUCAUCAGAGGUCCACGCUGGAAUCUCUUUGUUUUGGAAAACGAUGUGAGCUAUACGAGGUCUGAGGGUCCGCAGUCUUGGGCCUGUUCAUUGCAGAUGAAACUAUCCGUCAAGAAUGGUGGUCCUCAAGGGGUUCGAGACUCGACCAGGAAGACGUCAGGUGUUGUAACGUCGGCUGUUAUAUACUCGCCAGCUCGACGAUAA